GCGGCUCCGGCGGCAGGAGCGCGACUGGCCGUGCCGGGGAAAGGCAGCCCGGGAGUAACCCCGCCGCAAUGGCAAACCCGCCCGCGGGCUUCGUUUCUCUUGCCGUCACCCUUUGCAUCCUGCUGGGAGAAGGUAUGGGCCGUCCUCCCUUUGAGUCCCACCUAGCUGCAACCAGCAGCAGGCACUCCAGGACAAAGAGAUGUUCCUGCAACAGCUGGCAGGACAAGGAGUGCAUUUACUUCUGUCAUCUGGAUAUUAUCUGGGUCAACACCCCAGGACAAACUGUUCCCUAUGGCUUGGGAAGCCCACCAAGUCGCCACAAGAGAUCACUUAACAGGUGUGAGUGCUCACACUCCAAGGACAGCAUCUGUGCUACCUUCUGCCAGGCAAAGCCUUGGUAUCUUGGGAACCUUAAGCUCCCACCGAGCCAUAGCGUAUAGGUGAAGAAUCCCCACAGCAGUGAUGUGAAGCAUCCACAAACUGAUCUUCUGAGAGCCUGACGGGACAUUGCUGUCUCUAACUCCCAGCUCCCCAGAUGGCAGCACCACUCUCAGAGGAAAGUUCAACCAGCAGCCUUGCCUGGAAGAAAAAGAUACAGAGCAGGUAACAAGCCUGUUUUCUGGCAUAAUUUGGAGUCCUGUGGAUGCCACUGGCUCUUGCCAUGGGUGCCUGAAAGAGCAGAAGGAAAGACCAUGAUGGAAAAGCAGGAGAGGUGGACGAAGCAGAGGAG